AUGGACAGCCUUCUUUUUGCUUUGCAUUGCGCCACUCUCCUAUGUAGAGGGAGACUUUCUUUCAUUGCGCCACUCAUCGAUGUAGAGAGUCUCUUUUCUUUCUUUCAUUUUCCAUGUAGAGAGUCUUUCUUUUCAUUGCACCACUCCUAUGUAGAGAGUCUUUCUUUUCAUUGCGCCACUCUCCUAUGUAGAGAGAGUCUUUCUUUUCAUUGCGCCACUCUCCUAUGUAGAGAGAGAGUCUUCUUUUCAUUGCGCCACUCUCUUAUAGUCUUUUUUUUCAUUGCGCCACUCUCCGAUGUAGAGAGAGUCCUUCUUUUUCAUUGCGCCACUCUCCUAUGUAGAGAGAGUCUUUCUUUUCAUUGCGCCACUCUCCUAUGUAGAGAGAGUCUUUCUUUUCAUUGCGCCACUCUCCGAUGUAGAGGAGUCUCUUUCUUUUCAUUGCGCCACUCUCCUAUAGAGUCCUUUUUCAUUGCGCCACUCUCCUAUGUAGAGAGUCUCUUUCUUUUCAUUGCGCCACUCUCCUAUGUAGAGAGUCUCCUUCUUUUCAUUGCGCCACUCUCCUAUGUAGAGAGAGUCUUUUCUUUUCAUUGCGCCACUCUCCUAUGUAGAGGGAGUCUUUCUUUUCAUUGCGCCACUCUCCGAUGUAGAGACUCUCCUCUGAGUCUUCUUUUCAUUGCGCCACUCUCCUAUGUAGAGAGAGUCUUUCUUUUCAUUGCGCCACUCUCCGAUGUAGAGAGAGAGAAGAGAGUCCUUCUUUUCAUUGCGCCACUCUCCUAUGUAGAGAGAGUCUUUCUUUUCAUUGCGCCACUCUCCGAUGUAGAGAGAGUCUUUCUUUUCAUUGCGCCACUCUCCGAUGUAGAGAGUCUUUCUUUUUCAUUGCCACUCUCCUAUGUAGAGAGUCUUUCUUUUCAUUGCGCCACUCUCCUAUGUAGAGAGAGUCUUUCUUUUCAUUGCGCCACUCUCCUAUGUGAGAGGAGUCUUUCUUUUCAUUGCGCCACUCUCCUAUGUAGAGAGAGUCUUUCUUUUCAUUGCGCCACUCUCCUAUGUAGAGAGUCUUUCUUUUCAUUGCGCCACUCUCCUAUAGUCUUUCUUUUCAUUGCGCCACUCUCCGAUGUAGAGAGAGUCUUUCUUUUCAUUGCGCCACUCUCCUAUGUAGAGAGGAGCCACUCUCCUUUCUUUUCAUUGCCACUCUCCAAUGUAGAGAGUCUUUCUUUUCAUUGCGCCACUCUCCUAUGUAGAGAGAGUCUUUCUUUUCAUUGCGCCACUCUCCGAUGUAGAGAGUCUCUUUCUUUUCAUUGCGCCACUCUCCUAUGUAGAGAGUCUUUCUUUUCAUUGCGCCACUCUCCUAUAGGGAGUCUUUCUUUUCAUUGCGCCACUCUCCUAUGUAGAGAGAGUCUUUCUUUUCAUUGCGCCACUCUCCUAUGUAGAGAGAGUCUUUCUUUUCAUUGCGCCACUCUCCUAUGUAGAGAGAGUCUUUCUUUUCAUUGCGCCACUCUCCUAUGUAGAGAGAGUCUCUUCUUUUCAUUGCGCCACUCCAGAGGGACUUUUCAUUGCACCACUCUAUGUAGAGAGUCUUUCUUUUCUUUCGAUUUUCAGUCUUUCUUUUCAUUGCGCCACUCUCCUAUAGUCUUUCUUUUCAUUGCGCCACUCUCCUAUGUAGAGAGUCCUUCUUUUCAUUGCGCCACUCUCCUAUGUAGAGAGAGUCUUUCUUUUCAUUGCGCCACUCUCCUAUGUAGAGUCUUUUUUUCAUUGACUCUCUAUAGAGUCUUUCUUUUCAUUGCGCCACUCUCCGAUGUAGAGAGUCUUUCUUUUCAUUGCGCCACUCUCCUAUGUAGAGAGAGUCUUUCUUUCAUUGCGCCACUCUCCUAUGUAGAGAGUCUUUCUUUUCAUUGCGCCACUCUCCUAUGUAGAGUCUUUUUUUUCAGAAGAGAGUCUUUCUUUUUCAUUGCGCCACUCUCCUAUGUAGAGAGAGUCUUUCUUUUCAUUGCGCCACUCUCCUAUGUAGAGGGAGUCUUUCUUUUCAUUGCGCCACUCUCCGAUGUAGAGGGAGUCUUUCUUUUCAUUGCGCCACUCUCCGAUGUAGAGGGAGUCUUUCUUUUCAUUGCACCACUCUCCGAUGUAGAGAGAGUCUUUCUUUUCAUUGCGCCACUCUCCUAUGUAGAGAGAGUCCUUCUUUUCAUUGCACCACUCUCCUAUGUAGAGAGAGUCUUUCUUUUCAUUGCGCCACUCUCCUAUGUAGAGAGUCUUUCUUUUCAUUGCGCCACUCUCCUAUGUAGAGAGAGUCCUUCUUUUCAUUGCACCACUCUCCUAUGUAGAGAGAGUCUUUCUUUUUCAUUGCGCCACUCUCCCAUAGAGAGUCCUUCUUUUCAUUGCACCACUCUCCCAUGUAGAGAGAGUCUUUUCUUUCAUUGCGCCACUCUCCGAUGUAGAGAGUCUUUCUUUUUCAUUGCGCCACUCUCCUAUGUAGAGAGAGAGUCUUUCUUUCUUUCAUUGCCACUCUCCAGAGUCUUUCUUUUCCGCCAUGUAGAGAGUCUUUCUUUUCAUUGCGCCACUUUCCGAUGUAGAGGUCCUCUUUUUCUUUUUCAUUGCGCCACUCUCUCCUAUGUGCCAGAUGAGAGAGUCUUUCUUUUCAUUGCGCCACUCUCCUAUGUAGAGAGAGUCCUUCUUUUCAUUGCACCACUCUCCUAUGUUGAGAGAGUCUUUCUUUUCAUUGCGCCACUCUCCGAUGUAGAGGGAGUCUUUCUUUUUCAUUGCGCCAUGGAUGUAGAGAGAGUCUUUCUUUUUCAUUGCGCCACUCUCCUAUGUAGAGAGAGUCUUUCUUUUCAUUGCGCCACUCUCCCUAUAGAGAGUCCUUCUUUUCAUUGCGCCACUCUCCGAUGUAGAGGGAGUCUUUCUUUUCAUUGCGCCACUCUCCGAUGUAGAGAGAGUCUUUCUUGCUUUCUUUUCAUUGCGCCACUCUCCUAUGUAGAGAGAGUCUUUCUUUCAUUUUCAUUGCGCCACUCUCCCAUAGAGUCUUUCUUUUCAUUGCGCCACUCUCCAGGUCCUUCUUUUCGUUACUCUCCCAUGAGAGAGUCUUUCUUUUCAUUCGCUAUCUCCGAUGAGAGAGUCUUUCUUUUCAUUGCGCCACUUUUUCUCCCAUGUAGAGAGAGUCUUUCUUUUCAUUGCGCCACUCUCCUAUGUAGAGAGAGAGAGUCUUUCUUUCAUUGCGCCACUCUCCAUAGAGUCUUUCUUUUUCAUUGCGCCACUUUCUCCUAUGUAGAGAGAGUCUUUCUUUUCAUUGCGCCACUCUCCUAUGUAGAGAGUCCUUCUUUUCAGCCACUCUCCCAUGUAGAGAGAGUCUUUUCUUUUCAUUGCGCCACUCUCCGAUGUAGAGGGAGUCUUUCUUUUCAUUGCACCACUCUCCUAUGUAGAGAGAGUCUUUCUUUUCAUUGCGCCACUCUCCUAUGUAGAGAGAGUCUUUCUUUUCAUUGCGCCACUCUCUCCUAUAGGGAGUCUUUCUUUUCAUUGCGCCACUCUCCUGAUGUAGAGAGUCUUUCUUUUCAUUGCGCCACUCUCCUAUGUAGAGUCUUUCUUUUCAUUGCACCACUCUUUCUUUUCAUUGCGCCAGAGAGAGUCUUUCUUUUCAUUGCGCCACUCUCUUAUGUAGAGAGAGUCCUUCUUUUCAUUGCGCCACUCUCCUAUGUAGAGAGAGUCUUUCUUUUCAUUGCACCACUCUCCUAUGAGAGUCUUUCUUUUUUCAUUGCGCCACUCUCCGAUGUAGAGAGAGUCUUUCUUUUCAUUGCGCCACUCUCCUAUGUAGAGAGAGUCUUUCUUUUCAUUGCGCCACUCUCCUAUAGAGUCUUUCUUUUCAUUGCGCCACUCUCCUAUGUAGAGAGAGUCUUUCUUUUCAUUGCGCCACUCUCCUAUGUCUUUCUUUUCAUUGCACCACUCUCCUAUGAGAGAGUUUCUUUUCAUUGCGCCACUCUCCGAUGUAGAGGAGUCUUUCUUUUCAUUGCACCACUCUCCUAUGUAGAGAGAGUCUUUCUUUUUUCAUUGCGCCUCUCCGAUGUAGAGAGAGUCUUUCUUUUCAUUGCGCCCUCUCCUAUGAGAGAGUCUUUCUUUUCAUUGCGCCACUCUCCGAUAGAGAGUCCUUCUUUUCAUUGCGCCACUCUCCUAUGUAGAGAGAGUCUUUCUUUUCAUUGCGCCACUCUCCUAUGUAGAGAGAGUCUUUCUUUUCAUUGCGCCACUCUCCUAUGUAGAGAGAGUCUUUCUUUUCAUUGCGCCACUCUCCGAUGUAGAGAGAGAGUCUUUCUUUUCAUUGCGCCACUCUCCGAUGUAGAGAGAGUCUUUUCUUUUCAUUGCGCCACUCUCCUAUGUAGAGAGAGUCCUUCUUUUCAUUGCACCACUUUCUCUUUUAUGCCAGAGAGAGUCUUUCUUUUCAUUGCGCCACUCUCCUAUGUAGAGAGAGUCUUUCUUUUCAUUGCGCCACUCUCCUAUAGAGUCUUUCUUUUCAUUGCGCCACUCUCCUAUGUAGAGAGUGUCCUUCUUUUCAUUGCACCACUCUCCUAUGUAGAGAGAGUCUUUCUUUUCAUUGCGCCACUCUCCUAUGUAGAGAGAGUCUUUCUUUUCAUUGCGCCACUCUCCUAUGUAGAGAGAGUCUUUCUUUUCAUUGCGCCACUCUCCUAUGUAGAGAGAGUCUUUCUUUUCAUUGCGCCACUCUCCGAUGUAGAGGGAGUCUUUCUUUUCAUUGCACCACUCUCCUAUAGAGUCCUUCUUUUCAUUGCACCACUCUCCAAUGUAGAGAGAGUCUUUCUUUUCAUUGCGCCACUCUCCCAUGUAGAGGGAGUCUUUUUCAUUGCGCCACUCUCCCUAUGUAGAGAGUCUUUCUUUUCAUUGCGCCACUCUCCUGUAGAGAGAGUCUUUUUUUUCAUUGCGCCACUCUCCGAUGUAGAGAGUCUUUCUUUUCAUUGCGCCACUCUCCGAUGUAGAGGGAGUCUUUCUUUUCAUUGCGCCACUCUCCCAUGUUUCUUUUCAGAUGAGAAGAGAGUCUUUCUUUCAUUGCGCCACUCUCCAUGUAGAGAGAGUCUUUCUUUUCAUUGCGCCACUCUCCGAUCUUUCUUUUGUAGAGGGAGUCUUUCUUUUUUCAUUGCGCCACUCUCCUAUGUAGAGAGAGUCUUUCUUUUCAUUGCGCCACUCUCUCCUUUCAUUGCGCCAUGUAGAGAGAGUCUUUCUUUUCAUUGCGCCACUCUCCGAUCCACUCUCUUUCUUUUCAUUGCGCCACUCUCCCAUGUAGAGAGAGUCUUUCUUUUCAUUGCGCCACUCUCCUAUGUAGAGAGAGUCUUUUCUUUUCAUUGCGCCACUCUCCUAUGUAGAGGGAGUCUUUCUUUCAUUGCGCCACUCUCCUAUGUAGAGAGAGUUUUUCUUUUCAUUGCGCCACUCUCCUAUGUAGAGAGAUUUUCUUUUCAUUGCGCCACUCUCCUUUUCAUGUCCGAGAGAGUCUUUCUUUUCAUUGCGCCACUCUCCGAUAGAGUCUUUCUUUUCACCACUCUCCUAUGUAGAGUCUUUCUUUUCAUUGCGCCACUCUCCUAUGUAGAGAGAUUGCGCCACUCUCUUUCUUUUUUCAUUGCGCCACUCUCCUAUGUAGAGAGAGUCUUUCUUUUCAUUGCGCCACUCUCCCCUGUAGAGAGUCUCUUUCUUUUCAUUGCGCCACUCUCUCCUUAUGUAGAGGGAGUCUUUCUUUUUCAUUGCGCCACUCUCCUAUGUAGAGAGUCUUUCUUUUCAUUGCGCCACUCUCGAUGUAGGGAGUCUUUCUUUUCAUUUGCACCACUCCCUAUAGAGAGUUUUUCUUUUUCAUUUCUUUUCAUUGCGCCACUCUCCCGAUGUAGAGAGUCUUUUCUUUUCAUUGCGCCACUCUCCUAUGUAGAGAGAGUCUUUCUUUUCAUUGCGCCACUCUCCUAUGUAGAGAGAGUCUUUCUUUUCAUUGCGCCACUUCCCUUAGGGAGUCUUUCUUUUCAUUUUCAUUGCGCCACUCUCCCAUGUAGAGAGAGUCUUUCUUUCAUUUUUCAUGAGAGAGUCUUUCUUUUCAUUGCGCCACUCUCCGAUAGAGUCUUUCUUUUCAUUGCGCCACUCUCCUAUGUAGAGAGAGUCUUUUCAUUUUCAUUGCGCCACUCUCCCGAUGUAGAGAGAGUCCUUCUUUUCAUUGCACCACUCUCCUAUGUAGAGAGAGUCUUUCUUUUUUCAUUGCGGCACUUUCUCCCAUGUAGAGAGAGUCUUUCUUUUCAUUGCGCCAGUCUCCUAUGUAGAGAGUCUUUCUUUUCAUUGCGCCACUCUCCGAUAGGAGUCUUUCUUUUCAUUGCACCACUCUCCUAUGUAGAGGGAGUCUUUCUUUUCAUUGUGCCCACUCUCCUAUGUAGGAGUCUUUCUUUUCAUUGCGCCACUCUCCGAUGUAGAGGAGUCUUUCUUUUCAUUGCACCACUCUCUAUAGGAGUCUUUCUUUUCAUUGCACCACUCUCCUAUGUAGAGAGAGUCUUUCUUUUCAUUGCGCCACUCUCCUAUGUAGAGAGAGGUCUUUUCAUUUUUGCAACAUUCUCCACUUUAGAGAGAGUUUUUUCUUUCAUUGCGCCACUCUCCGAUUUCAGAGAGAAGGAGUCUUUCUUUUUCAUUGCACCACUCUCCCAUGUAGAGAGUCUUUCUUUUCAUUGUGCCACUCUCCUAUGUAGAGAGUCUUUUUCUUUCAUUGCGCCACUCUCCGAUGUAGAGAGUCUCUUUCUUUCAUUGCGCCACUCUCCUAUAGAGAGUUUUCUUUUCAUUGCGCCACUCUCCUAUGUAGAGGGAGUCUUUUCUUUUCAUUGCGCCACUCUCCUAUGUAGAGAAGUCUUUCUUUUCAUUGCGCCACUCUCCUAUGUAGAGAGAGUCUUUCUUUUCAUUGCGCCACUCUCCUAUAGGGAGUCUUUUUCUUUUCAUUGCGCCACUCUCCGAUGUAGAGAGAGUCUUUCUUUUCAUUGCGCCACUCUCCGAUGUAGAGAGAGUUUUUCUUUUUCAUUGCGCCACUCUCCCGAUGUAGAGAGAGUCUUUCUUUUCAUUGCACCACUCUCCGAUGUAGAGAGAGUCUUUCUUUUCAUUGCGCCACUCUCCGAUGUAGAGAGUUUCUUUCAUUUUCAUUGCGCCACUCUCCCAUGUGAGAGAGAGUCUUUCUUUUCAUUGCGCCACUCUCCUAUAGUCUUUCUUUUCAUUGCGCCACUCUCCUAUGUAGAGAGAGUCUUUCUUUCAUUGCGCCCACUCUCCUAUGUAGAGAGAGUCUUUCUUUUCAUUGCGCCACUCUCCUAUGUAGAUAGUCUUUCUUUCAUUGCGCCACUCUCCUAUGUAGAGGGAGUCCUAUGUUAUUUCUUUUUUUCAUUUGCGCCUUUUCUCUCCUAUGUAGAGAGUUUUCUUUUCAUUGCGCCACUCUCCCGAUGUAGAGAGAGUCUUUCUUUUCAUUGCGCCACUCUCCUAUGUAGAGAGUCUUUCUUUUCAUUGCGCCACUCUCCUAUAGAGAGUCUUUCUUUUCAUUGCGCCACUCUCUAUGUAGAGAGUCUCUUUCCUUUCAUUGCACCACUCUCCGAUGAGAGAAGAGAGUCUUUCUUUUUCAUUGCGCCACUCUCCUAUGUAGAGAGUCUUUCUUUUCAUUGCGCCACUCUCCUAUGUAGAGAAGUCUUUCUUUUCAUUGCACCACUCUCCUAUAGAGUCUUUCUUUUUCAUUGCGCCACUCUCUAUGUGAGAGUCUUUCUUUUCAUUGCGCCACUCUCCGAUGUAGAGGGAGUCUUUCUUUUCAUUGCACCACUCUCCUAUGUAGAGAGAGUCUUUCUUUUCAUUGCGCCACUCUCCUAUGUAGAGGGAGUCUUUCUUUUCAUUGCGCCACUCUCCGAUGUAGAGAGUCUCUUUCUUUUCAUUGCGCCACUCUCCUAUGUAGAGAGAGUCUUUCUUUUCAUUGCGCCACUCUCCUAUGUAGAGAGAGUCUUUCUUUUCAUUGCCACUCUCCUAUGUAGAGUGAGUCUUUCUUUUCAUUGCGCCACUCUCCUAUGUAGAGAGAGUCUUUCUUUUCAUUGCGCCACUCUCCUAUGUAGAGAGAGUAUUUCUUUUCAUUGCGCCACUCUCCGAUGUAGAGUCUUUCUUUUCAUUGCGCCACUCUCCUAUGUAGAGAGCCAAGUCUUUCUUUUCAUUGCGCCACUCUCCGAUGUAGAGAGUCUCUUUCUUUUCAUUGCGCCACUCUCCUAUAGAGAGUCUUUCUUUUCAUUGCGCCACUCUCCCUAUGUAGAGAGAGUCUUUCUUUUCAUUGCUGCUCUCCUAUGUAGAGAGAGUCUUUCUUUUCAUUGCGCCACUCUCCUAUGUAGAGAGAGUCUUUCUUUUCAUUGCGCCACUCUCCGAUGUAGAGAGAGUCUUUCUUUUCAUUGCGCCACUCUCGAUUCUUUUCUUUUCAUUGCGCCACUCUCCGAUGUAGAGGGAGUCUUUCUUUUUCAUUGCGCCACUCUCCACUUUCUUUCCUAUGUAGAGAGAGUCUUUCUUUUCAUUGCGCCACUCUCCUAUGUAGAGGGAGUCUUUCUUUUCAUUGCGCCACUCUCCUAUAGAGAGAGUCUUUCUUUUCAUUGCGCCACUCUCCUAUGUAGAGUCUUUCUUUUUCAUUGCGCCACUCUCCCUGUAGAGAGUCUUCUUUUCGUGCCACUUUCCGAUGUAGAAGGGAGUCUUUCUUUUCAUUGCGCCACUCUCCGAUGUAGAGGAGUCUUUCUUUUCAUUGCACCACUCUCCUAUGAGAGUCUUUCUUUUCAUUGCGCCACUCUCCAUAGAGUCUUUCUUUUCAUUGCGCCACUCUCCGAUGUAGAGAGAGUCUUUCUUUUCAUUUUCAUUGCGUCUUUCUUUUCAUUCCUAUGUAUGAGAGUCUUUCUUUUCAUUUCUCUUUUCAUUGCCUCUAGAAGAGAGUCUUUCUUUUCAUUGCCACUCUCCUAUGUAGAGAGAGUCUUUCUUUUCAUUGCGCCUCUCCAUUGCGCUAGAUCCGAUGUAGAGGAGUCUUUCUUUUUCAUUGCGCCACUCUCCGAUGUAGAGUCUUUCUUUUUCAUUGGAGUCUUUCUUUUCAUUGCGCCACUCUCCCAUGGAGUCUUUCUUUUCAUUGCGCCACUCUCCUAUGUAGAGAGAGUCUUUCUUUUUCAUUGCGCCACUCUCCGAUGUAGAGAGAUUGUCUUUCUUUUCAUUGCGCCACUCUCCCGAUGUAGAGGGAGUCUUUCUUUCAUUGCGCCACUCUCCGAUGUAGAGAGUCUUUUCUUUUCAGCCACUCUCCUAUGUAGAGAGUCUUUCUUUUCAUUGCCGCCACUCUCCUAUGUAGAGAGAGUUUUUCUUUUUGCGCCACUCUCCUAUAGGAGUCCUUUUUUCAUUCCUUUCUUUCAUUGCUAUGUAGAGCCACUCUCCUAUGUAGAGAGUCUUUCUUUUCAUUGCGCCACUCUCCGAUGUAGAUGGAGUCUUUUCUUUUCAUUGCGCCACUCUCCUAUGUGGAGAGAGUCUUUCUUUUCAUUGCGCCACUCUCCUAGGAGUUUUCUUUUCAUUGCGCCACUCUCCUAUGUAGAGAUUCCACCACUCUCUUUCUUUUCAUUGCGCCACUUUCUAUGUGCGUCUUUCUUUUCAUUGCGCCUAGUCUUUCUUAUUGAGAGAGUCUUUCUUUUUCAUUGCGCCACUCUCCUAUGUAGAGAUGUAGAGGAGUCUUUCUUUCAUUGCGCCACUCUCCUAUGUAGAGAGUCUUUCUUUUCAUUACCCUCCUAUGUGAGAGAGUCUUUCUUUUUGCGCCACUCCUAUGUAGAGGAGUCUUUCUUUUCAUUGCGCCACUCUCCUAUAGGAGUCUUUCUUUUCAUUGCGCCACUCUCGGAUGUAGAGGGAGUCUCUUUUCUUUUCAUUGCGCCACUCUCCUAUGUAGAGAGGGUCUUUCUUUUCAUUGCGCCACUCUCCUAUGUAGAGAGUCUUUCUUUUCAUUGCGCCACUCUCCUAUGUAGAGAGUCUUUCUUUUCAUUGCGCCACUCUCCGAUAGAGUCUUUUCUUUUCAUUGCGCCACUCUCCCAUGUAGAGAGAGUCUUUCUUUUCAUUGCGCCACUCUCCUAUGUAGAGAGAGUCUUUCUUUUUCAUUGCGCCACUCUCCUAUGUAGAGAGUCUUUUCUUUUCAUUGCGCCACUCUCCUAUGUAGAGAGUCCUUCUUUUCAUUGCACCACUCUCCUAUGUAGAGAGAGUCUUUCUUUUCAUUGCGCCACUCUCCUAUGUAGAGAGAGUCUUUCUUUUCAUUGCGCCACUCUCCUAUGUAGAGAGAGUCUUUCUUUUCAUUGCGCCACUCUCCUAUGUAGAGGGAGUCUUUCUUUCAUUGCGCCACUCUCCUAUGUAGAGUCUUUUCUUUUCAUUGCACCACUCUCCUAUUUCUUUUUUCAUUGCGCCACUCUCCUAUGUAGAGGAGUCUUUCUUUUCAUUGCGCCACUCUCCUAUGUAGAGAGUCUUUCUUUUUCAUUGCGCCUCUCCUAUGUAGAGACAGUCUUUCUUUUCAUUGCGCCACUCUCCCAUGUAGAGAGUCCUUCUUUCAUUUUCCCAUUUUCUUUUCAUUGCCACUCUCCGAUAGGAGUCUUUCUUUUCAUUGCGCCACUCUCCUAUGUAGAGAGAGUCUUUCUUUUCAUUGCGCCACUCUCCCUAUGUAGAGAGUCUUUCUUUUCAUUGCGCCACACUCUCCUAUGUAGAGAGAGUCUUUCUUUUCAUUGCGCCACUCUCCUAUGUAGAGAGUCUUUCUUUUCAUUGCCACUCUCCCUAUGUAGAGAGAGUCUUUCUUUUCAUUGCGCCACUCUCCUAUGUAGAGUCUUUUCUUUUCAUUGCGCCACUCUCCUAUGUAGAGGAGAGUCAUUGCGCCACUUUUUUCAUUGCGCCACUCUCCCUAUAGAGAGUCUUUCUUUUUCAUUGCGCCAGUCUCUUUUUCCAUGUAGAGAGAGAGUCUUUCUUUUCAUUGCGCCACUCUCCUAUGUAGAGAGUCUUUCUUUUCAUUGCGCCACUCUCCUAUGUAGAGAGUCUUUCUUUUCAUUGCGCCACUCUCCUAUAGAGAGUCUUUCUUUUCAUUGCCACUCUCCCUAUGUAGAGAGUCUUUCUUUUCAUUGCGCCACUCUCCUAUGUAGAGAGAGUCUUUUCUUUUCAUUGCGCCACUCUCUCCUAUGUAGAGAGUCUUUCUUUUCAUUGCACCACUCUCCUAUAAGGAGUCUUUCUUUUCAUUGCGCCACUCUCAUUGCGCCAUGUAGUAGGAGUCUUUCUUUUCAUUGCGCCACUCUCCUAUGUAGAGAGUCUCUUUCUUUCAUUGCGCCACUCUCCUAUGUAGAGAGAGUCUUUCUUUUUUCAUUCCUAUGUAGAGAGUCUUUCUUUUCCACUCUCCUAUGUAGAGAGAGUCUUUCUUUUCAUUGCGCCACUCUCCUAUGUAGAGAGAGUCUUUCUUUUCAUUGCGCCACUCUCCUAUGUAGAGAGAGUCUUUCUUUUCAUUGCGCCACUCUCCUAUGUAGAGAGAGUCUUUCUUUUCAUUGCGCCACUCUCCUCUAUGUAGAGAGAGAGUCUUUCAUUUUUUCACUCUUAGAGAGUCUUUCUUUUCAUUGCACCACUCUCCGAUGUAGAGGUCUCUUUCUUUUCAUUGCGCCACUCUCCGAUGUAGAGGAGUCUUUCUUUUCAUUGCGCCACUCUCCCGAUUUGAGAGAGUCUUUCUUUUCAUUCACUCUCCGAUGUUCUUUUUCAUUGCACUCUCCACUCUCCUAUGUAGAGAGAGUCUUUCUUUUCAUUGCGCCACUCUCCUAUGUAGAGAGUCUUUCUUUUCAUUGCGCCACUCUCCUGAGAGAGUCUUCUUUUCAUUGCGCCACUCUCCUAUGUGAGAGAGUCUUUCUUUUCAUUGCGCCACUCUCCCAUGUAGAGAGUCUUUCUUUUUUGCGCCACUCUCCUAUAGGGAGUCUUUCUUUUCAUUGCACCACUCUCCUAUGUAGAGAGAGUCUUUCUUUUCAUUGCGCCACUCUCCUAUGUAGAGAGAGUCUUUCUUUUCAUUGCACCACUCUCCUAUGUAGAGAGAGUCUUUCUUUUCAUUGCGCCACUCUCCGAUGUAGAGGGAGUCUUUCUUUUCAUUGCGCCACUCUCCGAUGUAGAGGGAGUCUUUCUUUUCAUUGCGCCACUCUCCUAUGUAGAGGAGUCUUUCUUUUCAUUGCGCCACUCUCCUAUGUAGAGAGAGUCCUUCUUUUCAUUGCGCCACUCUCCGAUGUACAGAGUCUCUUUCUUUUCAUUGCGCCACUCUCCUAUGUAGAGAGUCUUUCUUUUCAUUGUGCCACUCUCCUAUGUAGAGAGAGUCUUUCUUUUCAUUGCGCCACUCUCCUAUGUAGAGUGAGUCUUUCUUUUCAUUGCGCCACUCUCCUAUGUAGAGAGAGUCUUUCUUUUCAUUGCGCCACUCUCCCAUGUAGAGAGUCUUUCUUUUCAUUGCGCCACUCUCCUAUGUUUUUUUUUUCAUUGCGCCACUCUCCUAUAGAGAGUCUUUCUUUCAUUGCGCCACUCUUUGUCUUUUUCAUUGAGGGAGAGUCUUUCUUUUCAUUGAGAGGGAGUCUUUUUUUUCAUUGCGCCACUCUCCUAUGUAGAGAGAGUCUUUCUUUUCAUUGCGCCACUCUCCUAUGUAAGGGAGUCUUUCUUUUCAUUGCGCCACUCUCCUAUGUAGAGAGAGUCUUUCUUUUCAUUGCGCCACUCUCCUAUGUAGAGAGUCUUUCUUUUCAUUGCGCCACUCUCCUAUGUAGAGAGAGUCUUUCUUUUUCAUUGCGCCACUCUCCUAUAGAGUCCUUUCUUUUCAUUGCGCCACUCUCCUAUGUAGAGAGAGUCUUUCUUUUCAUUGCACCACUCUCCUAUGUAGAGGGAGUCUUUCUUUUCAUUGCGCCACUCUCCUAUAGAGAGUCUUUCUUUUUCAUUGCGCCACUCUCCGAUGAGAGAGUCUUUCUUUUCAUUGCGCCACUCUCCUAUGUAGAGAGUCUCUUUCUUUUCAUUGCGCCACUCUCCUAUGUAGAGAGAGUCUUUCUUUUCAUUGCGCCACUCUCCUAUGUAGAGAGAGUCUUUCUUUUCAUUGCGCCACUCUCCUAUGUAGAGAGAGUCUUUCUUUUCAUUGCGCCACUCUCCUAUGUAGAGAGAGUCCUUCUUUUCAUUGCACCACUCUCCUAUGUAGAGAGAGUCUUUCUUUUCAUUGCGCCACUCUCCGAUGUAGAGGGAGUCUUUCUUUUCAUUGCGCCACUCUCCUAUGUAGAGAGAGUCUUUCUUUUCAUUGCGCCACUCUCCUAUGUAGAGAGAGUCUUUCUUUUCAUUGCACCACUCUCCUAUGUAGAGAGAGUCUUUCUUUUCAUUGCGGCACUCUCCGAUGUAGAGAGUCCCCUUUCGUUUCAUUGCGCCACACUCCUAUGUAGAGAGUCUUUCCUUUCAUUGCGCCACUCUCCUAUAGUCUCUUCUUUUCAGAGAGAGUCUUUCUUUUCAUUGCGCCACUCUCCUAUAGAGAGUCUUUCUUUUCAUUGCGCCACUCUCCUAUGUAGAGUCUUUCUUUCAUUGAGUCCCUGUUCCUUCUUUCAUUGCGCCACUCUCCCAUGUAGAGAGUCUCCUUCUUUUCAUUGCGCCACUCUCCUAUGUAGAGAGAGUCUUUCUUUUCAUUGCGCCACUCUCCUUUAUAGAGUCUUUCUUUUCAUUGCGCCACUCUCCUAUGUAGAGAGUCUUUUUCUUUUCAUUGAGCCACUUUCUCCGCCAUGUAGAGAGAGUCUUUCUUUUCAUUGCGCCACUCUCCUAUGUAGAGAGAGUCUUUCUUUUCAUUGCGCCACUCUCCUAUGUAGAGAGAGUCUUUCUUUUCAUUGCGCCACUCUCUCCUAUGUAGAGAGUCUUUCUUUUCAUUGCGCCACUCUCCUAUGUAGAGUCUUUCUUUUCAUUGAGAGAGAGUCUUUCUUUUCAUUGCGCCACUCUCCUAUAGAGAGUCUUUCUUUCAUUGCGCCACUCUCCUAUGUAGAGGAGUCUUUCUUUUUCAUUGCGCCACUCUCCUAUGUAGAGAGUCUUUCUUUUCAUUGCGCCACUCUCCUAUGUAGAAGAGUCUUUCUUUUCAUUGCGCCACUCUCCGAUGUAGAGAGAGUCUUUCUUUUUCAUUGCGCCACUUUCUCCGAUGUAGAGAGAGUCUUUCUUUUCAUUGCGCCACUCUCCUAUGUAGAGAGAGUCUUUCUUUUCAUUGCGCCACUCUCCUAUAGAGUCUCUUUCUUUUCAUUGCGCCACUCUCCUAUGUAUGGAGUCCUUCUUUUCAUUGCACCACUCUCCUAUGUAGAGAGAGUCUUUCUUUUCAUUGCGCCACUCUCUGUAGAGAGAGUCUUUCUUUUCAUUGCGCCACUCUCCUAUGAAGAGAGAGUCUUUCUUUUCAUUGCGCCACUCUCCUAUAGAGAGUCUUUCUUUUCAUUGCGCCACUCUCCAUGUAGAGAGUCUUUCUUUCAUUGCGCCACUCUCCUAUGUAGAGAGAGUCUUUUCAUUUUCAUUGCGCCACUCUCCUAUGUAGAGAGUCUUUUUUUCAUUGCGCCACUCUCCUAUGUAGAGAGAGUCUUUCUUUUCAUUGCGCCACUUUUCUCCUAUAGAGUCUUUCUUUUCAUUGCGCCACUCUCCUAUGUAGAGAGAGUCUUUUCUUUUCAUUGCGCCACUCUCCCAUGUAGAGGGAGAGUCUUUCUUUUCAUUGCGCCACUCUCCUAUGUAGAGAGAGUCUUUCUUUUCAUUGCGCCACUCUCCGAUGUAGAGGAGUCUUUCUUUUCAUUGCACCACUCUCCGAUGAAAGUCUUUCUUUUUUGCGCCUUUUCAUUGCGCCUUUUCAUUCCCUAUGUGGAGAGUCUUUUUUCAUUGCACCACUCCCUAUGUAGAGAGUCUUUCUUUCAUUGCGCCACUCUCCUAUGUAGAGAGUCUUUCUUUUCAUUGCGCCACUCUCCUGAUGUAGAGGUCUUUCUUUUCAUUGCCUGGCCACUCUGUAGAGAGAGUCUUUCUUUUCAUUGCGCCACUCUCCCUAUAGUCUCUUUCUUUCAUUGCGCCACUCUCCGAUGUAGAGAGUCUUUCUUUUCAUUGCGCCACUCUCCUAUAGAGAGUCUUUCUUUUUUUCAUUGCGCCAUUGCGCCUCUCCUAUGUAGAGAGAGUCUUUCUUUUUCAUUGCGCCACUCUCCCCAUGUAGAGAGUCUUUCUUUUCAUUGCGCCACUCUCCGAUGUAUGAGAGAGUCUUUUCUUUUUCAUUGCGCCACUCUCCUAUGUAGAGAGUCUUUUCUUUUCAUUGCGCCACUCUCCCUAUGUAGAGAGUCUUUUCUUUUCAUUGCGCCACUCUCCUAUGUAGAGAGAGUCUUUCUUUUCAUUUCUCAGAGAGAGUCUUUCUUUUCAUUGCGCCACUCUCCGUAUUUCUUUCAUAGAGUGAGUCUUUCUUUUCAUUGCGCCACUCUCCGAUGUAGAAGGAGUCUUUCUUUCAUUGCGCCACUCUCCUAUGUGCAGAGAGAGUCUUUCUUUUUCAUUUUCAGUCCUUUUGCGCCACUCUCCUAUGUAGAGAGUCUUUCUUUUCAUUGCGCCACUCUCCUGUGUAGAGAGAGUCUUUCUUUUCAUUGCGCCACUCUCCUAUGUAGAGAGUUUUCUUUCAUUGCGCCACUUCAUUGUAGAGUCUUUCUUUUUCAUUGCGCCACUCUCCGAUGUAGAGAGUCUUUCUUUUCAUUGCGCCACUCUCCCUAUGUAGAGAGUUCUUUCUUUCAUUGCGCCACUCUCCUAUAUAUAGAUGGCCACUCUCUUUCUUUUCAUUGCGCCACUCUCCCUAUAGAGUCUUUCUUUUCAUUGCGCCACUCUCCUGUAGAGAGAGUCUUUCUUUUCAUUGCGCCACUCUCCUAUGUAGAGAGUCUUUCUUUUCAUUGCGCCACUCUCCUAUGUAGAGGAGUCUUUUUCUUUUCAUUGCGCCACUCUCCAUGUAGAGGGAGUCUUUCUUUUCAUUGCGCCACUCUCCCUAGAGAGUCUUUCUUUUGCGCCACUCUCCGAUGUAGAGAGAGUCUUUCUUUUCAUUGCGCCACUCUCCUAUGUAGAGAGUCUUUCUUUUUCAUUGCGCCACUCUCCUAUGUAGAGAGAGUCUUUCUUUUCAUUGCGCCACUCUCCUAUGUAGAGAGAGUCUUUUUCUUUUCAUUGCACCAUAUGAAAGUCUUUCUUUUCCACUCUCCCUAUGUAGAGUCUUUCUUUUGUAGAGGGAGUCUUUCUUUUCAUUGCGCCACUCUCCUAUGUAGAGAGAGUCUUUCUUUUCAUUGCGCCACUCUCCUAUGUAGAGAGUCUCCACCUCUCCUAUGUAGAGAGUCUUUCUUUUCAUUGCCACUCUCCUAUGUAGAGAGAGUCUUUCUUUUUCAUUGCGCCACUCUCCGAUGUAGAGAGAGUCUUUCUUUUCAUUGCGCCACUCUCCGAUGUAGAGAGAGUCUUUCUUUUCAUUUGCGCCACUCUCCGAUAGUCUUUCUUUUCAUUGCGCCACUCUCCGAUGUAGAGAGUCUUUCUUUUCAUUGCGCCACUCUCCUAUGUAGAGAGAGUCUUUCUUUCAUUGCGCCACUCUCCGAUGUAGAGAGAGUCUUUCUUUUCAUUGCGCCACUCUCCUAUAGUCUUUCUUCUUUUCAUUGCGCCACUCUCCUAUGUAGAGAGAGUCUUUUCUUUUUCAUUGCGCCACUCUCCUAUGUAGAGAGAGUUUUUUUCAUUGCACCACUCUCCUAUGUAGAGAGUCUUUCUUUCAUUGCGCCACUCUCCGAUGUAGAGAGUCUUUCUUUUCAUUGCGCCACUCUCCUAUGUAGAGGGAGUCUUUCUUUUUUCAUUGCGCCACUCUCCCAUGUAGAGGGAGUCUUUCUUUUCAUUGCGCCACUCUCCCGAUGUAGGGGGGCCACUCUCCUAUGUAGAAGGGAGUCUUUCUUUUCAUUGCGCCACUCUCCCUAUGUAGGAGUCUUUCUUUUUUCAUUGCGCCACUUUCUCCUAUGUAGAGAGAGUCUUUCUUUUCAUUGCGCCACUCUCCUAUGUAGAGAGUCUUUCAUUUUCAUUGCGCCACUCUCCGAUGUAGAGAGUCUUUCUUUUUCAUUGCGCCACUCUCCGAUAGUCUUUCUUUUCAUUGCGCCUCUCCCAUGUAGAGUCUUUCUUUUUCAUUGCGCACUCUCCUAUGUAGAGAGAGUCUUUCUUUUUCAUUGCGCCACUCUCCUGUAUGAGAGAGAGUCUUUCUUUUCAUUGCACCACUCUCCCUAUGUAGAGAGAGUCUUUCUUUUCAUUGCGCCAGAUGUAGAGAGUCUUUCUUUUCAUUGCACUCUCCUACAGAAAAGUCUUUCUUUUUCAUUGCGCCACUCUCCUAUGUCUUUCCUUCUUUUCAUUGCGCCACUCUCCUAUGUAGAGGGAGUCUUUCUUUUCAUUGCGCCACUCUCCGAUGUAGAGAGUCUUCUUUUCAUUGCGCCACUCUCCGAUGUAGAGAGAGUCUUUUCUUUUGCGCCACUCUCCGAUGUAGAGAGAGAGAGUCUUUCUUUCAUUGCGCCACUCUCCUAUGUAGAGGUCUUUCUUUUUCAUUGCGCCACUCUCCGAUGUAGAGUCUUUUUCUUUUCAUUGCGCACUUUCUCCUAUGAGAGAGUCCUUUUUCAUUGCAGAUGUAGAGAGUCUUUCUUUUCAUUGCACCACUCUCCCACUCCUAUGAGAGAGUCUUUCUUUUCAUUGCGCCACUCUCCUAUAGAGAGUCUUUCUUUCAUUGCGCCACUCUCCGAUGUAGAGGGAGUCCUUUCUUUUCAUUGCGCCACUCUCCUAUGUAGAGAGUCUUUCUUUUCAUUGCGCCAUUGCGAAUUUUUUCUUUUCAUUGCACCACUCUCCUAUGUAGAGAGAGUCUUUCUUUUCAUUGCGCCACUCUCCUAUAGAGUCUUUCUUUUCAUUGCGCCACUCUCCUAUGUAGAGAGAGUCUUUCUUUUCAUUGCGCCACUCUCCUAUGUAGACAGAGUCUUUUCUUUUCAUUGCGCCACUCUCCUAUGUAGAGAGUCUUUCUUUUCAUUGCGCCACUCUCUAUGUAGAGAGUCUUUCUUUUUCAUUGCCACCACUCUCCAUAGAGGUCUUUCUUUUCAUUGCGCCACUCUCCCAUGUAGAGAGAGUCUUUCUUUUCAUUGCGCCACUCUCCUAUGUAGAGGGAGUCUUUCUUUUUCAUUGCCACUCUCCUAUGUAGAGAGUCUUUCUUUUUGCGCCACUCUUGCCCAGUCUUUCUUUCUCCUAUGUGAGGGAGUCUUUCUUUUCAUUGCGCCACUCUCCGAUAGGAGUCUUUCUUUUCAUUGCGCCACUCUCCUAUGUAGAGGAGUCUUUCUUUUCAUUGCACCACUCUCCUAUGUAGAGAGUCUUUCUUUUCAUUGCACCACUCUCCUAUGUAGAGGAGUCUUUCUUUUAUUGCACCACUCUCCUAUGUCUUUCUUUUUUCAUUGCGCCACUCUCCUAUGUAGAAGAGAGUCUUUCUUUUUCAUUGCGCCACUCUCCUAUGUAGAGAGAGUCUUUCUUUUCAUUGCGCCACUCUCCUAUAGGGGAGUCUUUCUUUUCAUUGCGCCACUCUCCUAUGUAGAGAGAGUCUUUCUUUUCAUUGCGCCACUCUCCUAUGUAGAGAGAGUCUUUCUUUUCAUUGCGCCACUCUCCUAUGUAGAGAGUCUUUUCUUUUCAUUGCGCCACUCUCCUAUAGAGUCUUUCUUUUCAUUGCGCCACUCUCCCGAUGUAGAAAGUCUUUCUUUUCAUUGCGCCACUCUCCGAUGUAGAGGGAGUCUUUCUUUUCAUUGCGCCACUCUCCGAUGUAGAGAGUCUUUCUUUUCAUUGCGCCACUCUCCCUAUGUAGAGAGUCUUUUCUUUUCAUUGCGCCACUCUCCGAUAGAGAGAGUCUUUCUUUUCAUUGCGCCACUCUCCUAUGUAGAGAGUCUUUCUUUUCAUUGCGCCACUCUCCUAUGUAGAGGAGUCUUUCUUUUCAUUGCGCCACUCUCCGAUGUAGAGAAGUCUUUCUUUUUCAUUGCGCCACUCUCCUAUGUAGAGAGAGUCUUUCUUUUCAUUGCGCCACUCUCCUAUGUAGAGAGUCUUUCUUUUCAUUGCGCCACUCUCCGAUGUAGAGGGAGUCUUUCUUUUCAUUGCACCACUCUCCUAUGUAGAGAGAGUCUUUCUUUUCAUUGCGCCACUCUCCUAUGUAGAGAGAGUCUUUCUUUUCAUUGCGCCACUCUCCGAUGUAGAGGGAGUCUUUCUUUUCAUUGCGCCACUCUCCUAUGUAGAGAGAGUCCUUUCUUUUCAUUGCGCCACCCUCUCUCCUAUGUAGAGGGAGUCUUUCUUUCAUUGCGCCACUCUCCGAUAGUCUUUCUUUUCAUUGCGCCACUCUCCUAUGUAGAGAGAGUCUUUCUUUUCAUUGCGCCACUCUCCUAUGUAGAGAGAGUCUUUUCUUUUUUCAUUGCGCCACUCUCCGAUGUAGAGAGAGUCUUUCUUUUCAUUGCGCCACUCUCCUAUAGAGAGUCUUUCUUUUCAUUGCCACUCUCCGCUUUUCAUUGCGCCACUCUCCGAUGUAGAGGAGUCUUUUCUUUUCAUUGCACCACUCUCCUAUGUAGAGAGAGUCUUUCUUUUCAUUGCGCCACUCUCCUAUGUAGAGAGAUUCUUUUCUUUCAUUGCGCCACUCUCGAUGUAGAGAGAGUCUUUCUUUUCAUUGCGCCACUCUCCUAUGUAGAGAGAGUCUUUCUUUUCAUUGCGCCACUCUCCGAUGUAGAGGGAGUCUUUCUUUUCAUUGCGCCACUUUUCAUGUGUAGAGAGUCUCUUUCUUUCAUUGCGCCACUCUCCUCCAUUUCUCCGAUGUAUGUAGAUGUAGAGUCUUUCUUUUCAUUGCGCCACUCUCCUAUAGAGAGUCUUUCUUUUCAUUGCGCCACUCUCCUAUGUAGAGAGAGUCUUUCUUUUUCAUUGCACCACUCUCCUAUAGAGAGUCUUUCUUUUCAUUGCGCCAGUCUUUUCUUUUUCAUUGCGCCACUCUCCUAUGAGAGAGUCUUUCUUUUCAUUGCGCCACUCUCCGAUGUAGAGGGAGUCUUUCUUUUCAUUGCGCCACUCUCCUAUGUAGAGAGUCUUUCUUUUCAUUGCGCCACUCUCCGAUGUAGAGAGUCUUUCUUUUCAUUGCACCACUCUCCUAUAGAGAGUCUUUCUUUUCAUUGCCACCUCUCCGAUGUAGAGGGUCUUUCUUUUCAGACCUCUCCUAUGUUUCUUUUCAUUGCGCCACUCUCCGAUAGAGUCUUUCUUUUCAUUGCGCCACUCUCCUAUGUAGAGAGAGUCUUUUUUUUCAUUGCGCCACUCUCCCGAUGUAGAGAGAGUGUUUCUUUCAUUGCAUUGCCACUCUCCUAUGUAGAGAGAGUCUUUCUUUUCAUUGCACCACUCUCCCAUGUAGAGAGAGUCUUUCUUUUCAUUGCGCCACUCUCCGAUGUAGAGGAGUCUUUCUUUUCAUUGCGCCACUCUCCUAUAGUCUUUCUUUCAUUGCCACUCUCCUAUGUAGAGAGUCUUUCUUUUCAUUGCGCCACUCUCCUAUGUAGAGAGAGUCUUUCUUUUCAUUGCGCCACUCUCCGAUGUAGAGAGUCUUUCUUUUCAUUGCGCCACUCUCCUAUAGAGAGUCUUCUUUUUUCAUUGCCACUCUCCGAUGUAGAGAGAGUCUUUCUUUUCAUUGCGCCACUCUCCGAUGUAGAGGGAGUCUUUCUUUUCAUUGCGCCACUCUCCUAUGUAAAGAGAGUCUUUCUUUUCAUUGCGCCACUCUCCUUUGCAGAGAGAGUCUUUCUUUUCAUUGCGCCACUCUCUCCUAUAGAGAGUCUUUCUUUUCAUUGCGCCACUCUCCUAUGCAGAGAGAGUCUUUCUUUUCAUUGCACCACUCUCCUAUGUAGAGAUAGUCUUUCUUUUCAUUGCGCCACUCUCCGAUGUAGAGGGUCUUUUCUUUUCAUUGCGCCACUCUCCUAUGUAGAGGAGUCUUUCUUUUUCAUUGCGCCACUCUCCCAUGUAGAGAGAGUCUUUCUUUUCAUUGCGCCACUCUCCGAUGUAGAGAGAGUCUUUCUUUUCAUUGCCACUCUCCGAUGUAGAGGGAGUCUUUCUUUUCAUUGCGCCACUCUCCUAUGUGAGAGAGUCUUUCUUUUCAUUGCGCCACUCUCCGAUGUAGAGAGAGUCUUUCUUUCAUUCUUUCCUUUUUCUUUUUCAUUGCGCCACUCUCCGAUAGAGAGUCUUUCUUUUCAUUGCGCCACUCUCCUAUGUAGAGAGAGUCUUUCUUUUCAUUGCGCCACUCUCCUAUGUAGAGAGAGUCUUUCUUUUUCAUUGCGCCACUCUCGAUGUAGAGAGUCUCUUUCUUUUCAUUGCGCCACUCUCCUAUGUAGAGGGAGUCUUUCUUUUCAUUGCGCCACUCUCUCCGAUGUAGAGGAGUCUUUCUUUUCAUUGCGCCACUCUCCGAUAGUCUUUCUUUUCAUUGCGCCACUCUCCCCUGUAGAGAGUCCUUCUUUUCAUUGCGCCACUCUCCUAUGUAGAGAGAGUCUUUCUUUUCAUUGCGCCACUCUCCUAGCAGAGAGUCUUUCUUUCAUUGCGCCACUCUCCUAUGUAGAGAGAGUCUUUCUUUUCAUUGCGCCACUCUCCUAUGUAGAGGGAGUCUUUCAUUUUUCAUUGCGCCACUCUCCAUGUAGAGGGUCUUUCUUUUCAUUGCGCCACUCUCCUAUAGGAGUCUUUCUUUUCAUUGCGCCACUCUCCUAUGUAGAGUCUUUCUUUUCAUUGCGCCACUUUUCAUUGCGUCUUUCUUUUCAUUCCCAUCUCCGAUGUAGAGGAGUCUUUCUUUUCAUUGCGCCACUCUCCGAUGUAGAGAGAGUCUUUCUUUCAUUGCGCCACUCUCCUAUAAGUCUUUCUUUUCAUUGCGCCACUCUCCGAUGUGAGAGAGUCUUUCUUUUCAUUGCGCCACUCUCCGAUGUAGAGAGUCUUUCUUUUCAUUGCGCCACUCUCCUAUGUAGAGAGUCUUUCUUUCAUUUUUCAUUGCGCUUUCUUUUCUCCCAUCUAGAGAGAGUCUUUUCUUUUCAUUGCCACUCUCCUAUAGUCUUUCUUUUCAUUGCGCCAUUGCGCCUUUUCUCUCAUGUAGAGAGAGUCUUUCUUUUCAUUGCGCCACUCUCCUAUGUAGAGAGAGUCUUUCUUUUCAUUGCGCCACUCUCCUAUGUAGAGAGAGUCUUUCUUUUCAUUGCGCCACUCUCCGAUGUAGAGGGAGUCUUUCUUUUCAUUGCGCCACUCUCCGAUGUAGAGGGAGUCUUUCUUUUCAUUGCACCACUCUCCGAUUUUUUAGAGAGUCUUUCUUUUCAUUGCGCCACUCUCCUAUGUAGAGGGAGUCUAUUUCUUUUUCAUUGCGCCACUCUCCGAUGUAGAGGAGUCUUUCUUUUCAUUGCGCCACUCUCCUAUGUAGAGAGAGUCUUUCUUUUCAUUGCGCCACUCUCCUAUGUAGAGAGUCUUUCUUUUCAUUGCGCCACUCUCCUUUCAUGUAGAGAGAGUCUCUUUCUUUUCAUUGCGCCACUCUCCUAUGUAGAGAGAGUCUUUCUUUUCAUUGCGCCACUCUCCUAUGUAGAGAGAGUCCUUCUUUUCAUUGCGCCACUCUCCGAUGUAGAGAGUCUUUCUUUUCAUUGCGCCACUCUCCGAUGUAGAGGGAGUCUUUCUUUUCAUUGCGCCACUCUCCUAUGUAGAGAGAGUCUUUUCAUUUUUCAUUGCACCUUUUCAUUGCGCCACUCCCUAUGUAGAGAGAGUCUUUCUUUUCAUUGCGCCACUCUCCUAUGUAGAGAGUCUUCUUUUCAUUGCGCCACUCUCCGAUGUAGAGAGAGUCUUUCUUUCAUUGCGCCACUCUCCUAUCGUCCUUCUUUUCAUUGCACCACUCUCCUAUGUAGAGGAGUCUUUCUUUUCAUUGCGCCACUCUCCUAUGUAGAGAGUCUUUCUUUUCAUUUCUCCGAUGUUUUCAUUGCGCCACCCUCCUAUGUAGAGAGAGUCUUUCUUUUCAUUGCACCACUCUCCUAUGUAGAGAGAGUCUUUCUUUCAUUGCACCACUCUCCCUAUGAGAGAGUCUUUUUUUCAUUGCGCCAGUCUCCUAUAGGGGUCUUUUUUUUUCAUUGCGCCACUCUCCUAUGUAGAGAGAGUCUUUCUUUUCAUUGCGCCACUCUCCGAUGUAGAGGGAGUCUUUCUUUUCAUUGCGCCACUCUCCUAUGUAGAGAGAGAGUCUUUCUUUCAUUGCGCCACUCUCCUAUUCUUUUCUUUUCAUUGCUCCACUUUCUUUUCAUUGCACCACUCUCCUAUGUGAGAGAGUCUUUCUUUCAUUGCGCCACUCUCCUAUGUAGAGAGAGUCUUUCUUUUCAUUGCGCCACUCUCCGAUGUAGAGGAGUCUUUCUUUUCAUUUUUCAUUGCGCCACUCUCCUAUGUAGAGAGAGUCUUUCUUUUCAUUGCGCCACUUUCUCCUAUGUAGAGAGAGUCUUUCUUUUCAUUGCACCACUCUCCUAUGUAGAGAGGGUCUUUCUUUUCAUUGCGCCACUCUCCUAUGUAGAGAGUCUCUUCUUUUCAUUGAUGCCAGUCUCUCUUUGUAGAGCCACUCCUUUUUCUUUUGCGCCACUCUCCUAUGUAGAGUCUCUUUCUUUUCAUUGCACCACUCUCCUAUGUAGAGAGAGUCUUUCUUUUCAUUGCGCCACUCUCCUAUGUAGAGAGUGUCCUUCUUUUCAUUGCACCACUCUCCUAUGUAGAGGGAGUCUUUCUUUUCAUUGCGCCACUCUCCUAUGUAAAAGUGUCUUUCUUUUCAUUUCUCUAUGUGCGCCACUUCUUUUCAUUGCGCCACUCUCCUAUGAGAGAGUCUUUCUUUUCAUUGCGCCACUCUCCUAUGUAGAGAGAGUCUUUCUUUUCAUUGCGCCACUCUCCUAUGUAGAGAGUCUUUCUUUUCAUUGCACCACUCUCCUAUGUAGAGAGAGUCUUUCUUUUCAUUGCGCCACUCUCCUAUGUAGAGAGAGUCCUUCUUUUCAUUGCACUCUCCACUCUCUAUGUAGAGAGUCUUUUCUUUUCAUUGCACCACUCUCCUAUGUAGAGGGAGUCUUUUCUUUUCAUUGCGCCACUCUCCUAUGUAGAGAGGAGUCUUUCUUUUCAUUGCGCCACUCUCCUAUAGUCCUUCUUUUCAUUGCGCCACUCUCCUAUGUAGAGGGAGUCUUUCUUUUCAUUGCGCCACUCUCCGAUGUAGAAAGUCUUUCUUUUUCAUUGCGCCACUCUCGAUAUGUAGAGUCUUUCUUUUCAUUUUUCAUUGAGUCUUUCUUUUCAUUGCGCCUCCGAUGUAGAGGGAGUCUUUCUUUUCAUUGCGCCACUCUCCGAUGUAGAGUCUUUCUUUCUUUUCAUUGCACCACUCUCCGAUGUAGAGAGAGUCUUUCUUUUUCAUUGCGCUCCUUUCUCCUAUGUAGAGAGAGUCCUUCUUUUCAUUGCACCACUCUCCUAUGUAGAGAGAGUCUUUCUUUUCAUUGCGCCACUCUCCUAUGUAGAGAGAGUCUUUCUUUUCAUUGCGCCACUCUCCUAUGUAGAGGGAGUCUUUCUUUUCAUUGCGCCACUUUCCGAUGUAGAGAGUCUCUUUCUUUUCAUUGCGCCACUCUCCGAUGUAGAGGGAGUCUUUCUUUUCAUUGCGCCACUCUCCUAUGUAGAGAGAGUCCUUCUUUUCAUUGCACCACUCUCCUAUGUAGAGAGAGUCCUUCUUUUCAUUGCACCACUCUCCUAUGUAGAGAGAGUCUUUCUUUUCAUUGCGCCACUCUCCUAUGUAGAGAGAGUCUUUCUUUUCAUUGCACCACUCUCCUAUGUAGAGAGAGUCUUUCUUUUCAUUGCGCCACUCUCCUUUUCAUAGUCUUUCUUUUCAUUGCGCCACUCUCCUUUGUAGAGAGAGUCUUUCUUUUCAUUGCACCACUCUCCUAUGUAGAGAGAGUCUUUCUUUUCAUUGCGCCACUCUCCGAUGUAGAGGGAGUCCUUCUUUUCAUUGCACCACUCACCUAUGUAGAGAGAGUCUUUCUUUUCAUUGCGCCACUCUCCUAUGUAGAGAGAGUCUUUCUUUUCAUUGCACCACUCUCCUAUGUAGAGAGAGUCUUUCUUUUCAUUGCGCCACUCUCCGAUAUAGAAGUGAGUCUUUCUUUUCAUUGCGCCACUCUCCGAUGUAGAGGGAGUCUUUCUUUUCAUUGCACCACUCUCCUAUGUAGAGAGAGUCUUUCUUUUCAUUGCGCCACUCUCCUAUGUAGAGAGUCUCUUUCUUUUCAUUGUGCCAAUCUCCUAUGUAGAGAGAGUCCUUCUUUUCAUUGCGCCACUCUCCGAUUCUUUCUUUUCAUUGCGCCACUCUCCUAUGUAGAGAGAGUCCUUCUUUUCAUUGCACCACUCUCCUAUGUAGAGAGAGUCUUUCUUUUCAUUGCGCCACUCUCCUAUGUAGAGAGAGUCUUUCUUUUCAUUGCGCCACUCUCCUAUGUAGAGAGAGUCCUUCUUUUCAUUGCGCCACUCUCCUAUGGAGUCUUUCUUUUCAUUGCGCCACUCUCCUAUGUAGAGAGAGUCCUUCUUUUCAUUGCACCACUCUCCUAUGUAGAGGGAGUCCUUCUUUUCAUUGCACCACUCUCCUAUGUAGAGAGAUUCCUUCUUUUCAUUGCACCACUCUCCUAUGUAGAGACAGACUUUCUUUUCAUUGCGCCACUCUCCUAUGUAGAGAGAGUCCUUCUUUUCAUUGCACCACUCCCCUAUGUAGAGGGAGUCUUUAUUUUCAUUGCGCCACUCUCCGAUGUAGAGAGUCUCUUUCUUUUCAUUGCGCCACUCUCUGAUGUAGAGGGAGUUUUUCUUUUCAUUGCGCCACUCACCGAUGUAGAGAGAGUCUUUCUUUUCAUUGCACCACUCUCCUAUGUAGAGAGAGUCCUUCUUUUCAUUGCACCCCUCUCCUAUGUAGAGGGAGUCUUUCUUUUCAUUGCGCCACUCUCCGAUGUAGAGAGUCUCUUUCUUUUCAUUGCGCCACUCUCCGAUGUAGAGUCUCUUUCUUUUCAUUGCACCACUCUCCUAUGUAGAGAGAGUCCUUCUUUUCAUUGCACCACUCUCUUAUGUAGAGAGAGUCUUUCUUUCAUUGCGCCACUCUCCUAUGUAGAGAGAGUCUUUCUUUUCAUUGCGCCACUCUCCUAUGUAGAGAGAGUCUUUCUUUUCAUUGCGCCACUCUCCUAUGAAGAGAGAGCCUUUCUUUUCAUUGCGCUACUCUCCUAUGUAGAGGGAGUCUUUCUUUUCAUUGCGGCACUCUCCGAUGUAGAGAGUCUCUUUCUUUUCAUUGUGCCAAUCUCCUAUGUAGAGGGAGUCUUUUUUUUCAUUGCGCCACUUUCCGAUGUAGAGAGUCUCUUUCUUUUCAUUGCGCUACUCUCCUAUGUAGAGGGAGUCUUUCUUUUCAUUGCGGCACUCUCCGAUGUAGAGAGUCUCUUUAUUUUCAUUGUGCCAAUCUCCUAUGUAGAGAGUCUUUCUUUUUGGCUCGACUGUCAAUCGUUCGAAAUAUUGCACUCUUUCAGUGUACUUCGUACGGAGAUUUUAACUUUUUGCGUUGGCAGUACUUCAUUGCACCACUCUUUCAAGUCAUUUGUCUAUUUAAAAUCAUAUUUUUCUCCAAUUUCUCUGUCUCUUUCUUUCUAUCUAUCUAUCUAUCUAUCUAUCUAUCUAUCUAUCUAUCUCACGGUUCUUUAUCUAUCUAUCUAUCUCACGUUUCUUAUCUAUCUAUCUAUCUAUCUAUCUAUCUAUCUAUCUAUCUAA